CAGUGCCAUGGUGAACAGCUGGUGCUAUUACAGGUCCUGGAAAAGCGGGGAGAAGGAUCUCCUCUCCUUCCAGAGGCUGGUAGCCCAGACCCUCCUCCUGCGCCAUGGAACAAAGCCAAGUAGGCAGGGCAGAAGAUCUUCAAUGGCGGUGGCGAUAACUGAUGCCACCAGGUUUGAUAAUUUGAACCACUGGCCCUGCAACACUGGUAGCAGGUACAAGCGAUGCAAGAACUGCGGCGGACGCACAUCAUUUGCGUGUGGAAAGUGUGAUGUGCCACUACAUGUGGAGUGCUUCAAGAAGUACCACACUGAGUAGAACAUGCAUGAAAGAUGAUGGAAUGUAUGGGAAGAAAUAUGUUAUAUAUGUAUAUAUGUUUUUAGAGGUUCUAAGAAAAAAAUGUUUGUUGAGUUUUUGAGUAUAAAAAAAUUGAGAAUAAAGAAAUCAGUUCAAAUUGUUUGAUGUUUUGAAUUUUAUACAGGGGGAACCUGAGGCUCCA